AUGACUACCGCCUUGCGGGGGAGGCGUAGCACAGAAAGUUCUGAAAUCAAAAGGGUGAAAGAACUUGGAGCCAAAGAGGUUAGUGAGGUCUUUGAAUUGGAUUUGACUGACAUUCUGGAAAUGGAGACUGUUGGCAUAUUGGUAUUCUACAACGGAAGCUGGGUUCAUAAGGAUAACAUUGAGAGUUAUGAAGGUGGCGAGGCUAAAGGCAUAACAGUAUCACGGAACGUAACCUUUUCUGAGCUUGUUGACCGCAUUUAUAAGAUCACGAAUGCAGAUCUCAACAAAUAUAGUCUCACACUGAAGUAUUCAGUUCCUCUAUCAUCAUCUGCCUAUAAGCACCUAAAGGUUGAAGACAAUGAUGACGUUCAAUAUUUUCUGAACAUUGGGAAUAGCAAUGCUCCCUUUGCAGUUGUUGUGAGAGAUAGGAAUGAGGUAAUUGGGGAUAGUGGAACUGAAAAUGGUGUAACUAGUUUUAAUUGGAAAGAUUGGGUUGAAGAUGUUAAUUUUGAAUGUGUUGAAAACAUAGUCGCAGAUUUUUGUGUACCUAGGAAUGAAGAGGAAGCGUACUCUGCACCAAACGUGCAUCCUCAUCGAGAAAGCAAUUUCCAAGCCUCCAUGGUGCAGGUUACACAAGUGCAAUCUGAAAAUCAGCAACAAUCAAGUUGGACUCAAAUGCAUACAAGCCAGGUUCAUUUGGUGCAUGGUAAGAGUGUGGAAGAUAUUGAUUAUGGUGGAGGUCUUUCUUGCAUAAAUUGGGAAGCAAAUUUUAAGCAGUCAGAGGCUACUUUCGAUUUAGAACAAUUCAAUCUGGGAAACAUAGGUUGUGUUCGCUGUUGGCAACUUCUUUGUCCUUGGCGACUUCGGGCAUAUAAAGUUGGAUUACAUGAGUUUAGGGUUGUUAAAUACGAUCCAUUUCAUGAAUGUGAUCUAAGGUAUCUUAGUAGUCACCAUCCUCAAGCUAGUACAGGAUUGUUGUCUGACUCUGUGAAACGUAGAUUCAAGGAUUCUCGCACCAUUUAUACUGCAGGUGAUAUCAUCAAAGAUAUGCGACAAAAUUUUGGUGUGACCAUAAGCUACUCUAAAGCUUGGAGAAGCCGAGAGUUAGCUUUAAAGAUAAUUAGAGGGUCUGCAGAAGAAUCAUAUGCUCUUCUCCCUUCCUAUUGUUAUGAAUUGGAGCGUACAAAUCCUGGAACUUUGACAUACAUUGAGACUGAUGCAGCCAACCACUUUUUAUAUUUUUUUUAUGUCAAUUGGUGCAUGCAUAAGAGGAUUUAA